AUGGAUUCCGGUCCCUCGGCUACCGAACAUCGUAUCUCGGCUGCAACAAACACAUUGGCAAUUCUCGGAUGUGGCGCGCUUGGAACUUCGAUCCUUCUCGGUCUCCUAUCACAGUCCUCGAAACCAGAUGGCAAUGCCGAAGCGAAUCAAGAUGCUGGUAUACCUACGCGCUUCGUAGCAUGUGUCCGUCGUGAGGCCGCCGCCGAUUCAAUCAAGCUGAAAGCAACAGAAGCCGGCUUUUGCGACCAGUCAAAGAUAGACAUCAAGGUCCGCAGCAAUGUCGAAGGGGUCACAGGAGCUGAUAUUGUCGUUCUGGCCGUUCAACCACAUUUGCUGGACCAGCUCUUCCAGGAACCGGGCAUGAGGGCGGCGCUAAGUGACAAAAUCAUCGUAAGCGUCAUAGCGGGUGUAACAGUGCAACAAAUCCGCUCGAAACUGGAGCGAGGUUCGGAGUCAAAGGAUGCCAGGGCAGGGUACUCCGUCGUCAGGGUAAUGCCCAACAUCAACUGUUUCGUCAGGCAGUCAACCACGGUCAUAGAGCGAGGGUCUGUAGGCGAAGAUGUUCUCCAGAUAGUCAGUCGCUUGUUCGAGUGCGUGGACAAAGUCUUCUUCACAGAGCCAUCCACUAUGGAUGCCUGUACGGCAUUAUGUGGUUCGACUCCAGCGUUCUUCACAGUCAUCUUGGAAGGACUGGUUGAAGGAGCCAUUGCGACUGGGCUGAAGCCGGAUGAUGCGUUGCAGAUGGUUUCUCAUGCUAUGAUGGGUACUGCGUCUCUGGUUAAAGGAGGAUGGUCAACGAGAGCUGUGCGGCACGGAGUGACAUCUCCUGGAGGAUCCACUAUCCAAGGGGUGUUGGCAUUGGAGGAAGGUGGAGUGAGGUGGACUUUUGCCAAGGCAUUGAGGGUGGCAGCCUCCGGGGCAGCGAAGCUGGGGUCUAAAGAGAACGUGAGUGAUCUAGGCCAUAGCAAUUGA